AAAUCCAAAUCCAACAAACAAAAAAACAUUCAACCCUAGAAAGCAUUCAGCAUAUAGAACUUGAACAAGCUUCAGCUGCUAGUGUUGUUGUUCUUCUUCUUCAGCGUCUCUGCCUCUUCCAUCACCGCCGCGCCGAACCAUCGUUUUCUUCUCGGAAUUCCCAAAUUUCUCGAUUCGUCUGAGGAGGAAUGGGGAGGAAGAAGCCGACAGUUCGAGACGAAGAGAAUCCGCCGCAGCAGGGCGGUGGAAAAUCGAAGAAGAAGGCUGUCCUCAUCGACGAUGAUGAAUACGCCAUCGGAAACGAGCUCUCUGAGGAGCAGCCGCCGCCGGCAGACGAGAAGCCCGCCGCCGCGGCUGGGAAGAAGAAGGGUAAGAAAGGUAACGCUAAAGCUGCACAAGCAAAUAAUGAUGAUGAUGGAGAUGAAGAUGAUGUGCCUGAAGUUGUGUUUGGUGGGAAGAAGAAAGGGAAGUCGAAAAAGGGUGGUGGGGGUAGUGUGUUCUCUGCGUCCAGUUUUGGUUUGCUUGGUGAUGGGGAGGAUGAGGAUGAUGAUGAAGAGAAAUCGGAGUUGACGGGUGAGGACGAGGAGGAUGAACAGGUGGUUAGUUUUGCUGGUAAGAAGAAGCCAUCAAAGGGGGGUUCGAAGAAAGGUGGAGCUAGUUUGUUUACUGCUUCGGCUUUCGAUGCUAUUGAUGAUGAGAAUGAUGGUGGGGAGGAGCAGGAGGAGGAGGAACCGGUUGUUAGUUUUGCUGGUAAGAAGAAGCCAUCAAAGGGUUCGAAGAAAGGCGGUGGUAGUUUGUUCAAUGCCGCCGCUUUUGAUGAUGAUAAUGAUGGUGAUGUGAUGGAUAAUUCUGUGGACGAUGGGAGGGAUGGGAAUGAUGAUGUGGAUGAACCAGUUAUUGCUUUCACGGGGAAGAAGAAGUCCUCCAAAGGAAGCAAGAAGGGUGGUGCUUUAUUUUCAGCUGCGAGUUUUGAUGAUGUAGAUGAGGCUAAGGAUGAUAAGGAAGAAGAUGAUGAUGAAGAUAUAGGACCAAUCACUUUCUCAGGUAAGAAAAAGAAGUCAUCGAAGUCUUUGAAGAAGGAUUUUAGUUCACUGAGUACUGCUGUUCCUGAUGAGGAUAAUAUUUCUGUACCCGAGUCAGCUAAAGGCGGUGAUGAUGAGGACGAGGAAGAUGUUUCUUUAGUUGCAUUUUCGGGUAAAAAGAAGUCUUCCAAAAAGAAAAGCAGCAGUGCUGCUGCCAAAGUGAGUGAUGGAAUUGGGUUUGUGAGUGAAAGUAUUGAGUUUGUUAAGCCUGAGCAACCCAGUGUUGGAAUAGGUAAUACUGAUGCUGACAACAACUCCGUUAACAAGAGUGAAGAGGUCUCUGAAACUUCCAAGAAUAAGAAGAAGAAUAAGAAGAAGAGUGGAAGGACUGCUCAAGAGGAGGACGAUCUAGACAAGAUUCUUGCAGAACUUGGUGAGGCUCCUCCUAUAGCAAAACCUGCUGUUCCUCCACCGCAGGAUGAUAAAGUUCAGCCUACUCCUGAAGUAGGUUCUGCUGCUGAUGCUUCAGGGGAAAAGGGGGGAGGAGAGGAGACUGUAGAGUCGGCUGCGGCAAAAAAGAAGAAAAAGAAGAAGGAAAAGGAAAAGGAGAAGAAGGCAGCUGCAGCAGCAGCUGGAAGUGCACCAGCAAAUGAAACUGUAGAAGUUAAAGCUGAGGUUGUUGAAUCAAAGAAGAAUGAGUCUAAGACUAAAGCAGCUGACAAGAAAUUGCCAAAGCAUGUUAGGGAGAUGCAGGAAGCACUGGCUCGGAGAAAAGAAGCUGAAGAAAGGAAGAAAAGAGAAGAGGAGGAGAAGUUAAGGAAAGAAGAAGAGGAGCGACGCAGGCAAGAGGAACUUGAGAGACAGGCUGAAGAAGCUAGACGCAGAAAGAAGGAAAGGGAAAAGGAGAAACUCCUGAAAAAGAAGCAAGAGGGUAAACUGUUAACUGGUAAGCAGAAAGAAGAACAACGCCGUCUGGAGGCAAUGAGGAGGCAAAUUCUCAGUACUGGGGUUGCAACUCUUCCUACCGGGGACGCGGGUGCUCCAGCCAAAAAACCCAUAUAUCAGACGAAGAAGUCAAAACCAUCCAAUCGUAAUCAGAAUGGUGCAGCUACUAUUCAGACAACUGAAAGUUUUGAAGCAAAGGAGACUACCACUGAUGUGGAUUCUGAGGAACCAAAAAAGGUUGAAGAAGUGGAGUCAGUGCAGGUGGAGGACAAAGUUGAACUUCCUGAAGUUGUUGAAGAGGAUGUAGUUGAAGAUGAUGAUGAUGUAGAGGAUGAAUGGGAUGCAAAAAGCUGGGAUGAUGUUAAUCUGAAUGCAAGAGGCGCAUUUGAUGAUGAAGAGGAAGACUCAGAGCCUGAACCAAUUGUCAAAAAGGAGAGUAAACAAGCUUUACCUGCUACCAGUGCUGCAGGUGCUACUAAUAAAGAAAUUGAAGAUAAAAAGCCAGUUAGUGGUGUGGACAAAAAUAGUAAGCAACCACCUAAGUCUGAUGUGCCUCCUAAACUGAAUGAUGAGAACCUCCGCUCCCCAAUUUGCUGUAUCAUGGGGCAUGUGGACACCGGUAAGACCAAGCUGCUGGAUUGUAUUCGAGGUACUAAUGUUCAAGAGGGUGAGGCUGGCGGUAUCACACAACAGAUUGGUGCAACAUACUUUCCUGCUGAGAACAUUCGUGAUAGAACAAAAGAACUUAAAGCUGAUGCCACGCUGAAAGUUCCUGGUCUACUGGUUAUUGAUACCCCAGGGCACGAAUCGUUUACUAACUUAAGGUCUCGCGGUUCAGGGCUAUGUGACAUUGCAAUUUUGGUUGUUGACAUUAUGCAUGGCUUAGAGCCACAAACAAUAGAAUCACUCAAUCUAUUAAAAAUGAGGAACACAGAAUUCAUUGUUGCCUUGAAUAAGGUUGACAGACUUUAUGGGUGGAAAACAUGUCGCAAUGCUCCAAUUGGUAAAGCAAUGAGGCUGCAGUCUAAGGAUGUUCAAAAUGAAUUCAAUAUGAGGCUCACUCAGAUUAUUACUCAAUUCAAGGAACAAGGGCUAAAUACUGAGUUGUAUUAUAGAAACAAAGAAAUGGGAGAAGUAUUCAACAUUGUGCCUACUAGUGCAAUAAGUGGUGAAGGUAUCCCAGAUAUGUUAUUACUAUUGGUUCAGUGGACGCAAAAAACAAUGGUUGAGAAGCUUACAUAUAGUGAUGAAGUGCAGUGUACUGUUCUGGAGGUCAAGGUUGUUGAAGGCCAUGGAACUACUAUUGAUGUUGUCUUAGUUAAUGGUGUUCUUCAUGAAGGAGAUCAAAUUGUUGUCUGCGGAAUGCAGGGGGAACCAAUUGUUACCACAAUUCGAGCUUUAUUGACACCUCAUCCAAUGAAGGAACUCCGUAUUAAGGGGACAUAUAUCCAUCACAAAGAAAUCAAAGCUGCGAUGGGUAUAAAGAUCACUGCCCAGGGGCUUGAACAUGCUAUUGCUGGCACUAGUUUAUAUGUGGUGAAACCUGACGAUGAUUUGGAAGAUAUUAAAGCGGCUGCUGUGGAAGAUAUGAAGUCAGUAACAAACAGGACUGACAAGAGUGGUGAGGGUGUUUGUGUACAAGCAUCUACCCUUGGCUCAUUGGAAGCUUUACUGGAGUUUUUGAAAACUCCAGAAGUGAGUAUUCCUGUUAGUACUAUUAGUAUAGGCCCUGUACACAAAAAGGAUGUAAUGAAAGCCAGCGUAAUGCUUGCAAAGAAACGGGAGUAUGCUGCUAUAUUGGCAUUUGACGUCAAAGUCACUCCAGAGGCUAAGGAUCUUGCAGAGGAAUUGGGGGUCAAAAUUUUUAUUGCGGAUAUCAUUUAUCAUCUGUUUGAUCAGUUUAAAGAGUAUAUUGACAAAAUUAAGGAGGAGAAAAAGAUAGAAUCUGCAGAUGAGGCAGUCUUCCCAUGUGUUUUGAAAAUCUUACCGAAUUGCGUUUUCAACAAGAAGGAUCCCAUUGUUUUGGGAGUUGAUGUCCUUGAAGGCAUUGCAAAGGUUGGGACUCCAAUUUGUAUUCCUUCCAAAGAGUUCAUUGAUAUUGGUCGCCUUGCCUCCAUUGAGAAUAACCAUAAACCUGUCGAUUAUGCGAAGAAGGGGCAGAGAGUAGCCAUUAAGAUUGUCGGCAGCAAUUCUGAGGAGCAACAGAAGAUGUUUGGGAGGCAUUUUGAAAUUAAUGAUGAACUUGUGAGCCAUAUUUCACGGAGAUCAAUUGAUAUACUCAAAACUAAUUACCGGGAUGAACUGAGUAAUGAGGAAUGGAGAUUGCUCGUGGCAUUGAAGAAACUUUUCCAGAUACAAUGAGGAUUGAGGAGGUUUGACAUGUGGGAGUAUUCAUUCAUAUCAGAAAAGCUAUGUUUCAGUGAAAUGUUUGGUUUGGUACACUUUUUGAGGAUGCGGUUGGAUUCGCCAUGGAGACCAAUAAAGCUGAUGCAAAGAUUCCAAUGGAGGGCGUUGUAUAUUGUGGAGAGGCCAAGUGACUUUUCGAAGAAACUCUUGCUCUGUCAGCUGGGAAGCUCGGGCUAACAGAGUAAAAAAGGGAAACUGUCCAGGUCUGAAUUCUGUACAAUUAUGUGGUAUACAUGGAGGCAAAUAAGGGUUCUAAUUUGCACUUGUCCACUGAGGGAUUGCAAGUUUUUACGGGAGUAUUUGUUGAUGUGCCAAAAAAAUUAAUUACACUUUUGGUUUCCGUGAUACAUUCAUACAAAAUUGUUGUAUAAAUUUUUUCAAUGAGGCACGUUAUUUUUGCGAGUUAUGUGCCCUUUUGUUUCCUGCCAAGCAUUUUGGUUAAGGAAACAGGCACGAGUAAUGCAAGGCUUCAACUGGGGUUGUGAACCCCAAAUAUUUUAAUGUGACAAAUGUGCUGAUUAAACAGUUUUACCCACGGGUAGGGCAUUGGUUUGCA